CCGACGCACCCCGGCCACGACCUCGUACUCGGACCAGCGCUGUUCCGACGUCGCAAGUCCAGGAUGAAGGCAUUCCACAACAGCAGCGAGCCAGACGAGUGCCGAUCAGCGUCACCCGGCCUCGAGACGCCAACAGUGACGAGGCGCAAGGAGGCUCUCACUUGGCGGGCCAGAUCAGUGAAGUCAGGGAAGCUGACAAUGAUGUGUGGCAGGCCAGUCGAGACAGGAUACGUCGUCAGGACAACGCUGGCGAGGUAGACAGUAGUGGCGGCAGGCGCAGCUAUUCCACUGUAGCGAAGGGAUCAGGGAGGUCCAGGCAAAGAGACACACGAAGUGUCCUAGCUUCCAUGCGACCAGGACUUGGCGCCCGCUUGCCCCUGAGCACUACAAAAAUCCGUCCCUUCUCUACCGGUCCGGUGAGACCACCAAGUCACUCUUCAAAGCCGACGCCAUCACCUCGUCCAGUGCCUCCCACCCCGCAACCAUUGCCGCCUCGACCAACACCUCAGGCAGCAGCAGCAGCAGCUCCUUCAAGACCCGAUGUGCCCAAAUUUGUCUACAUUGUGGGCGGUGGCGUCAUUGUCCUCGGCCUGGCCGUCAUCUGGAUCCUGCCGGGAGAGUUCACUACGUUGACUACGGAGAAGCUAAAUCACUCGCGGCUCUCAGGCUCUUCUGCUUCCUCUAUGAAGGCUGACAGCUGGAGUACGCUUCCCAUUCUGCAAAGCAUUUACGCCGUUAGUCCAUCUAACCGGGUGGAGGUGAGGGGCUGGAUUAAGAGCUGGGACGAGUCGUGGAUGAAGAGUCUGGCUGAUAUAAAGAGUGGACUUGGCGAGAUUGUCUUGCUCCACCUACUGCUGGCUCAGUGAGGACUGCAGGUACAGAGGCUGCUUCUUCGCCCAGCAUCAAGCUCCUUUACGCCUCUGCGCGUCCUUCCUCCUUCCUCUUGCUGCCCGAACUUAAGGCGCUAGAACAGUCGAAUCCAGAUCGUCUGCAGGUCACCUUGUUCAGCGAGGAAGGUCUUGGCGAAAGCAAUG